AUGGUAUAUUCAAAUCAAAACUGGAUAUUCCUCAACACGACAUUUGAUGACCUGGAGAUUCACUUUGACGGCACAUUUUUGAAGAAAGCUAGGCCUCUCAGGACACUGCCUGUGUACAGAUCCUUGUCUCCAUGCUUGAGCACUUUUCCGAAUAGUGGCAGGCGAUCCGAGUGUGAUCCAGCGCUCAUGUCAUACUUCGAGAAUAUCAUUUGCAGCAGUUCCACGCUUGUCGAUAAUGCGCAUUAUAAUCCCUAUCGAUAUCUUAUACUGCCUAUGGCGCUGGAGUCCGAAGGCCUUUAUCAUGCAACGCUCGCUAUUGCAGCUAAUACCCUACAACUUUCUGAUUCAAGAUAUCGGCUGCCAGCGCUGGAACACCAUCAUCGUGCACUAAGUCAUCUUAGAGAGCUAUUGAGUCACGAUACAUGGGGAGAGAAAGAGCUGGAUGAGAUGCUAGGACUUGUUCUUAUGCUUUGCUGGUUUGAUGUUUCAGAUAAUAGUCGACCAUCAUGGGUGACCCACCUCAACGGAUUUCAAGACCUAAUUCGUACACGACAAGAACGGCCAGGCCGUUCCAUUCACAGCCAGGAACUAUCGGGUUUCUUCAACCGCUACUUUGCGUUUCAUCUUGUCCUUGCCCGUACGGCAUUUCGUGUCGAUACCACGACUUACCAACUGCCAAUAUCAUCGAACUCCUCGAUUGAAUCUCCCGAUACCAUUGAUCCGUAUAUGGGAUUUAGCCAAUCUCUUCUACUGCUCAUAAACCAGGUGACUGAGCUUGCCUGGAGUAAAGAGGAUGACCAGAACGACAUACAUCCAUCGGCAGUGUAUCGACUGAAAAGGAACCUUGAAGAUAUCCAGCAAAGACUUCCAAACGGACAGAUUGACCCAACCACAGAAUGUGCUGCGAUCGCAGAGGCGAACAGGCUUGGAGCACUUCUCCUCUUGCAUGAGACCUGUUCGCCGAAGGCAGCUUCUACCAGCAGGUCUGGUCUUCCGGCAUUCGAUACAGAAGAAAAGAGCCGUUUCGUGGGCCAGAUCUUGAAUCUCAUUCUGGAAAAGAAGGCUAAUAUGAUGCGCACCGCGGUAUUGCCGUUAUGGCCAUUGUUUUUGGCAGGCUGUUGUGCUCGCGAGGAUGAAGAAAGAGUGACUGUGCUGCGGCUUUUCGAGGAGUUGAAUGGAAUUCGCCGAUUUGGGAAUAUCGCACCUGCUAAGGAGGUAGUUGAAAUGGUCUGGCGACAGCGGGAUCUGGCGGCUGAAGAUGAGGGCAAGCGCCAAAGAGGCGAGGCUCAGCCUAAAAAGGAUCCUCUUCAGGGAGCUCGUUUUGCCUGGGAGCAUGCGAUGGUGAUGCUGGGUGAUUGGAAAUUAAGUCUGACAUGA